AUGGAAGAUGAGGCCCCAACGGGCGUGAACGACCUUUCGCCCGCCUGCUUUGUUGCCGUGUUCGGCACCCUCGGUGCCGCUGAAACAGCACGUGCGAUGUGCGUGCACCCGCUGUGGGCGGACAACCUGCGCGACGACAUUCUGUGGCGGCCCUACUUUGAGGAAGUGUUUGCACAGCGCGAUGCACGUCUGCCCGACGAGACGGAGGCGGCAUCCUACAGGGCAGCGUUUCUGGCUUGGACGGCACACUUUGCCGAGCUGCCCUCGUCCCUGACCUCGCGUGCACUGCACAUGUGGGCGCGGCUAAGGGGUUGGCUGCAGCAGCAUGCGCCGUUUAUUGCAGACACGCUGCGGCCGGGCGCGUCGGCGGCUGCGGUGGUCGAGGCGGAGGCGGCGCUGGGCGUAAAGCUGCCUCCGGCUCUUGUGGCCAUACUCAGGGUCCACGACGGCCAAGCGCUGGAGUUUGACCAGGCCUUUGACCGCUACGUCCAGUUCCGCACCCGGCUGCAGGAGCAGGGCCAUGCACCAAACACCGCCAGCACCCUGGGCACGGCACCUCCGCCGGUGCCGCCCAGGUGGCACCCCAGCAUGGUGUGGGGUGUGUUUGGCGGCUACUCCUUCUACGACCACAUGGCGUCACUGCGGCUGUUUCCCCUGGAGCGCAUUGUGUGGUGGACUACCUUCUUCUGGUCACAUGCGCCUGCGCCCAUGCCGCGCCACCUGCUGAUCAUCGGGGCCAGCUCCAACCUGGGCAAGCUGCUGCUGCUGGACGCAGACAGCGGGGAGGUGCGCUUGGGCAGCGCACAGGACCGCAUGCCCGCAGCUCCGCCCGGUCCCGAUCCUGACGCGCAAGAUGGCUGCCUGCGCUGGAUGGAGGAGUGGGCGCGGCGAGUGGCCGCGGGAUGGUAUGAGGUGGACGACGUUGGCGUGGCCCCACGGCGCGCGCGCGGCAUUGUACUGUUCCCUGUGGUGGAGCCGCUCAUGGCCACAGCCGUCACGCGCGGCCUGCAGGUGCGUGUGUCGUCUGUUUUUGCACCAGAGAUGUGCGGUGAGGGUGGCACCCGCUACUUCUUCAGCUACAGCGUGCGCUUCCGCCUGCUCUCGGCUGAACAGCAGCAACAACAAGCGCAGCAACAGCAGCAGCCGCAGCAGCAGCAACAGCAGCAGCAGCAGCAACAGCAGCAGCAGCAGCAGCAGCAGCAGCAGCAGCAGCAGCAGCAGCAGCAGCAGCAGCAGCAGCAGCAGCAACCUCGUCGGGAGGGGCUGCAGGGCCGGCAUUCGCCAGGGAACCAGCAAUCACUUGAGGCGGAUGCGGAAGAGCAAGACCAGCGAAGCGAGCAGCAGCGGCAAAAUAGCGCGCCGAGCACCAGCAGCGGCGAUGCAGGUGCUGGCACCCAUGGCUCAAGCGGGGGCAGCGGUGGCCCAAGUACAAGGACGGGCGGGGGCUGCAGCGGCAUUCUGGCGUGUCCCCAGCCGCUGCGUCGCUGCCAGCUGGAGUCUCGUGCGUGGCGCGUCCUGUCGGAUGAGGGCGAGCUGCUGAAUGAGGUGGCCGGGGAGGGGGUGGUGGGGCAGUACCCCCAGCUGGAGGCGGGAGGGCCAGAGUACGUGUACCAGAGCUGCACCCACCAGGCGGAGCAGUCGGGCUUCAUGGAGGGCGGCUUUGUUUUUGUGGAGGGCACGCUGGCACGGCCCGAGGGUUCCAGCUUCACAGCGGUCUGCCCUCGCUUUGAGCUGCGAGUCCCCGAGUACAUCUUCUGA